UAAAACGUCAGAGAGAGAGAGAGAGAGAGAGAGAGAGAGUGAGUGAGUGAGUGAGUGAGAGAGGGAGAGAGAGAGAGUGCAGCGCGCGCACGCUGUGUGUCACUCAUCACUCUUCACUUUACUCUUUGGGACAUUAUGGUCAGAAGUCGUUUCCUUCUGGAUUUUUCCCCACCACUUUAGAAUAGUUGUGACAUUUUCUAUUUGGUUAUUUAUUUGCCGUGAGGACCGACAUGGCUUGUGCAUCCUGACGCGCGCGCGCGCUGGAGAGACUUUUUCCCGUCCCGUGUGAAAAUGUCCGGUUGGAGCUCGGUGCACGUCGCACUCGUCGAGGCUUAUGGAAUAUAGCCUGCUUCGCGCACAUCAUCCGUAUGUUCUGUCGGCGACUCCGGUGAGGCGGAAGCUCGCGCUGUUCGGCAUCAUGCUCGUACUGUGGCUCUACGUGCUGUACUCGUGCGUGGGCUCGUGCGCCACCGUGCCGAGUUUACGCGCAGACCGGCGCCGGUCCGAGGACGCAGCCUUAAGGUCGGGGAUCGAGUCCCGGUUAGUUCCUCGAGCGCGCGGCUGGGAAGACUACGACCAAACCGGCGUCGGGGUGUUUUCUAGAGACUUGAACAACGUCAAAAGCGACGAUGGAAUGGAUGUCAGGACGUUUCCUAGACAUGUGAACGGCAACGAGGCGGAGACGGAGCGGCGCGGAGGUGACGCUGGAGGAGACACCGGAGCAGAACGGAGGUCCCCGGUGCACAGCGGUGGCUUGUCCACUUUCUCCAACGGCUCCGGGACCAAGCGGCUCCCGCAGGCCAUUAUCGUGGGGGUGAAGAAGGGCGGCACGCGCGCGCUGCUCGAGUUUCUCCGCGUGCACCCGGACGUGAGGGCGGCGGGAGCCGAGCCGCACUUUUUCGACCGUUUCUAUGACAACGGUUUGGAUUGGUACAGAGACCUGAUGCCCAAAACCCUGGAGGGUCAGAUCACCAUGGAGAAGACGCCCAGCUACUUUGUGACUCGUGAAGCUCCAGCUCGGAUCUACUCCAUGUCACCUUCAACCAAACUCAUAGUGGUGGUGAGGGAUCCGGUCACCCGGGCCAUCUCAGACUACACCCAGACACUGUCUAAAAAGCCAGACAUUCCCACCUUUGAAAGCCUGACUUUCAAAAACAGGACUACAGGCCUAAUCGACACCUCAUGGAGCGCCAUCCAGAUUGGUAUCUACGCCAAGCACCUUGACAACUGGCUCCAGUUCUUCCCCAUGAAUCAGAUCCUGUUUGUGAGUGGCGAGCGGCUGAUCAGUGACCCAGCUGGAGAGCUCGGCCGUGUGCAGGACUUCCUGGGCCUGAAGAGGAUCAUCACAGACAAACACUUCUAUUUCAACAAGACCAAGGGCUUUCCAUGUCUGAAGAAGGCAGAAGGAAGCAGCAAGCCUCACUGCCUGGGCAAAACUAAAGGCCGAACACACCCCAACAUCGAUCCGGAGGUGGUGCAGAGGUUACGAGACUUUUACCGGCCCUUUAAUAUGAAGUUCUACCAGAUGACUGGACACAACUUUGGUUGGGAUUGAAAAUGAACUAAAAAAAAAACUGAAAUCUAUUUGAGUUUGUAAUGGCAAAAGAUGUGACAAUUGCUAUCUAUCUAUCUUAUCUAUCUAUAUAUAUAUGUAAAUGUACAGAAAUCUAUUUUAUAAUAAUUUAUUUUUUAAUUUUUAAGCAAUUAAUUCACUAAGCUGCCUAACCAUAUUUGUACAGCGCAUCUGGCUCAUAUUUACACCCCUUCCCCACAACAUUCCUACUUUCUUUCCCUUCUUCUUGCAAAAUAACAACGGUUUGAUCAAUAGACCUAAUCGCUACUCACAGUGUCCUUGAUUCAUGCAUAGUGUAUCCCUUUUUUUUUUCUAGCAACGCUCACUAUGAAUGGCCAUUUUAUCAAUGGAGAAAUUGUGUGGUGGAAUACACAGAGGCAACAUGUCAUUAUGCUAAUUAUAGAACAUAAACCUGAUCAGAUCUCUCAGGUCUCGUUGCUUCUUGUGAUAAUGAGUUGAAUCAAAUUUGGUAAGUGCCAGAGAUGUAGUCAAGCAGAUGGUGUGAUGAUAUGAGGUAAAUGCAGUCAGAAGAUGAUCUAAUUCCUCAAUCAUAUGAUCUCAAAUUGGAAGUGGAUGUAAAUCUAAAAAAAAUAACGUUUUAUAUUCUGAUUCAUCCUUUUUUUUUUUUAGGGUUGGACUUGAUUACUUGCCAAAUUAGCUUGCAAAUCUAAAACUUUCUCAUGAAGCCUCAUGUUUUUUGUCUCAGUUUUUUGUUGCAUAUUUUAGACCUCAUUUUUUCUUUCUACUUGAAUACUUUUUUUUUAUGCAAGAGGGAGAAACUUUCUAGCUAGCCAUCUGUUCUUUAUCUUACAGCCUCCGAGACGAGAGAAAGACCUCAGCAUAGACGUGCUUUACGUGCUACUCCUCAGUCUAAUGAAAACAAAGAAUCAGGAUAACUUCUCAAUAUUGUGUCUAAUUCUUAAAUGCACAACGUUAUGCAAAAGGCAUGAGCAAAUCUACUGCAAGUAGUGCGGCAGGAUUGGCUGAGCUCGAAGGUUCCACAUAACGUUGACAGAUUUUGACAUAAUAUAGAGAAAUCAGGAAAGGACAUUUCUAUAAUAGUUUCCGAACAGGGUCGAGGUGAACGAAUGGGUGUGGAACACAGAUGUGGAGAGCAACGGCUCAUCGAUUAUACUUUUGAGGAUUUUGUGCCUCUAAAUAGUUUGUAUGAUGCUCAAGCCUACACGCUUCCAUUUAGGAGCCGGAUUAUAAUACGAGUCAGAUGUGAAGACGUAUCUGUGAGCGUCCACUACUGUACACGUCGAUUUCAGAAAUGAGCAGAAAAGAAAAAAGGCACAACUUUUUUAGACAUCUCUCACGUUCUUCUAUCUUCAUUUAUUACAAUAAUAAACAACAAACAACAACAACAACAAAAAAAAA